GUUAUGCAACAAAUACACUCGGCGGAAUGUCAAAGACUUCGCUGGACCCACACAGCCAUCUGAGGCAGCCAGAUCCGUACCAGAUGUUCGGUCCGACCAGCAGUCGACUGGCAAGCUCAGGCUCAGGACAGAUCCAGCUAUGGCAGUUCUUGCUGGAGCUGUUGUCCGACUCGUCGAACGCCAACUGCAUCACGUGGGAGGGGACGAACGGGGAGUUCAAGCUGACGGAUCCCGACGAGGUGGCCCGGCGCUGGGGCGAGCGCAAAUCCAAACCGAAUAUGAACUAUGACAAGCUGAGCAGAGCGCUCAGGUACUACUACGACAAGAAUAUCAUGACCAAGGUGCACGGGAAGCGGUAUGCAUACAAGUUCGACUUCCAGGGGCUGGCAGCGGCGACGCAGCCCGCCACAGCGGACCCGGCGGCCUACAAGUACCAGUCCGACCUGUUCAUGUCCAGUUACCACCAUUCGACCAAGCUGAACUUCAUGAGUCCACACGCCGGUAUCCCGUCAUCAUCAGGUCAGUGGCCUUUCUCAGUUGCUCAAGAAAUUUCGUAA